AUGAUCUGCGGACAAGCCCAUGACCACCUUCUACAAGUGCUGCUAUGUCUAGUGUAUGCAUCGCUGGAGGGACUAGGGAGGCUGGUGAAUGGCCAGUCUGUAGCCGUGCCUCUGACCUCUGUGUUCGGAAGCUGUUUGCUAUUACCCUUUCAAUAUGGCCUGCCAGCUGUGAGGAAGUGUAUUCCAAGUGCCAGUCAGUGCAGAAGCUCCUUGCUCUUUGGGAAGAUCUGUGUUCUGAUAAGAUUAUCUUUACCGGCCUUCUUAACCAGGCCUAGGGGGUUGCGGGUUUGGGUGACCCCAGCACCCCUCUACAGCCUUGCUCCGGAUCUCCAGAGCUUUCCCUGGGCCAUAAGCCUGGGCAAGCCAGUGAGGUUUGCUCCUGCUGCAGCUAGUCCAGAACUCUACUUCAGCAGCACCUACUGGCAUAGCUGCUUUCAUCUGAGGGACUGGUUGCAGCCAGUCAAGAGCUGCUUCUGCAGCACCAUCUGCUGGUCCAGCAGAACCUUCUAUGUGCCCAGUUGCACGGAGGUGGCCGGGGAUGCUGCAAGUUCACCUGGCCGAAAGUCUCGGGUGCUUCGAAAGACAGAUGGACUAACCAAUGAAUGGCAGACAGGUGUUUUUUUUUUAAAGAGGCUACAGUGCUGCAAGUGUAAGCAGUGGUUUCAUGAGGCCUGUGUGCAAUGCCUUCAAAAGCCAAUGCUAUUUGGAGACAGAUUUUAUGUUUGCUCUGUCUGUAGUUCUGGACCAGAAUACCUCAAACGUCUACCAUUACAGUGGGUAGAUAUAGCACACCUAUACCUUUACAGCCUAAGUGUUAUUCACAAGAAGUACUUUGAUUCUGAACUUGAGCUUAUGACAUACAUUAAUGAAAACUGGGAUCGAUUUUACCCUGGAGAGCUGGCAGACACACCAAAAUCUGAAAGAUAUGAGCAUGUUCUGGAAGUAUUAAAUGAUUACAAGACCAUGUUUAUGUCUGGGAAAGAAAGAAAGAAGAAGAAGCAUUUGGGGUUGCGAAUAUGUGUUCCUCCUGUGCCACCAAAUGUGGUUUUCAAAGCAGAGAAAGAACCUGAAGGAACAUCCCAUGAAUUUAAAAUGAAAGGAAGAAGGGCAUCCAAACAUAUAUCUGAUUCAAGAGAAAUAAGCAAUGGCCAGAAAAAAAAAAAAGAAAAGAAAAAAUAUGUGAUCCAGAAAACUGCUGAGCCACCUUUGGAUAAGGAAUCAGUUUCAGAAAAUCUUACCUUGGAUUUACCUUGUUCUAUAGGGAGAACUGAGGGAACUGCACAUUCAUCUAAUACCUCAGAUGUGGAUUUCACGGGUGUUUCCAGUGCAAAAGAAACUACCUCGUCUAGCAUUGCCAGGCAUUAUGGAUUAUUUGUCUCCAGAAAAAUAACUCAUACAGGAAGAUCUUGGCCUGCUGCAAUACCACAUUUACGGAGGAGAAGGGGUCGUCUUCCAAGAAGAGCACUCCAGACUCAAAACUCAGAAAUUGUAAAAGAUGAUGAAGGCAAAGAUUACCAAUUUGAUGAACUCAAUACAGAGAUUCUGAAUAAUUUAGCAUAUCAGGAAUUACAACUCAACCAUCUUAAAAACUCAAUUACCAGUUAUUUUGGUGCUGCAGGUAGAAUAGCAUGUGAUAAAAAAUACCAAGUAUUGGCUCAUCGGGUGACACUUGAUGGAAAGGUGCAGUAUCCUGGGGAAUGGGAAGGAGCAACUGCAUCCUGA